AUGGAUAACAACUACCACGAACACAACAACAACAAAACAACCUCCCAAACACGCCUUAAGCUAUUCGGCUUCCACGUCCAAGAAGACGAAACCAUGCACGAUAAUCUUCAAGACUCAACAAACAAAACCGCUUCCUCUUCCACUUCAACUUCCCCUUCAAGAUCACCGGACUCCUCCGCUGCCGGUGACGCUCUCACUUUCCCACCUUCCUCCGGUGAAAGAAAAUACGAGUGUCAAUACUGUUGCAGAGAGUUCGCAAAUUCCCAAGCACUUGGUGGACACCAAAACGCGCAUAAAAAAGAGCGUCAACAACUCAAACGCGCUCAGUUACAAGCUAACCGAAACGCCGCCGUUUCGUUUGUUAGGAACCCGAUGAUCUCCGCCUUUGCUCCGCCGCAGCACUUGCUUGCUCCUCCGCCGGGGUCCAUGAUGGUUCCAUCUUCCUCGUGGGUUUACGUUCCGCCGCGUUCUGCUCCUCCGCCCUUCCACGUGUCGGUUUCUCACGGUUGCGUUUUCCCGUCGGGAAACGGAAACACCAUGAUGAGUGGAAACAAUAAUAGUAAUACUAAUUUUGCGGGUGCAGGGAUGUUUCCGUGUGUUGGCGUUGUAGGGGAUUCAGCGUCCGCAUUGUCAACGAUGCAGGUACAAGCCCGGGCCCACAUGAUUGAUGGGCCCUGUUUGAGUAGGUUCAGUGGGCCCAAUUUUGAUGAUGCAUUGGGCUUGGAUUUGCACCUUAGUCUCGCGCCAGCUGCGGCUCGCUCAUACGGCUCGGCUCAGCUUGGUUAUUCUAGAUGCUCCCCUUAG